AUGGAUCGCCUUGGGGGAUCUCUAGAUCAUCACGGUGCGCCUCUCCUCGGGAAUUCUCAACCGUCGGAUCGAACUGGCGCUGGUGGCGCGUAUCCGCACCAUCCAUCCCCCGGAUGGGGAUCUCAACCGCAGAUCCACGAUUCCGGCUACCGUAGGAUCCAGGAAUCCGGCGGGGAACGCGGAGGAACGGGGACUGGCGGAGGAGGAGGAGCGGGUGCUGGUACGAGGCGAGAGGGAUUUACCCGGCAUAAUUCGUUGGGAGGGAUGUUUCGAUUGAAGCACUCUCAGUCGCACACGAACCUCAUGGCAGCGCCGCUCCCCAAGUGCCUCACGUUCUGGCAGCUCAUCCCGCUAGGAGUGGGAUCAACCAUAGGCGCGGGCGUGUAUGUUCUGAUUGGCACAGUGGCGCGGGAGAAGGCUGGACCAGCCCUACCCAUAUCCUUCCUCAUAGCAGGCGUGGCGGCGGGCUUGGCUGCUCUCUGCUACGCUGAGCUCGCCAGUCGGUGCCCGUCAGCUGGGAGUGCUUACCACUACGCGUACACAACCGUGGGGGAAGUGGUGGCAUGGCUAAUCGGCUGGGCGCUCAUUCUUGAGUAUUCUGUGGGUGGGGCGGCAGUGGCUCGAGGCAUUUCACCGAAUCUGGCAACGGCGUUGGGAGGGCCAGACAGCCUACCGUUCAUCCUGGCUCGUCUGCCCGUCCCAGGCACCACUGUAGUGUUGGAUCCGUGUGCUUCCCUCAUGGUGGCUGCGGUGACGGUACUGCUGUCUGCCGGCAUUAAAGAGAGCGCCAAUUUCCAGAUGGGGAUGACAGUAGCGAAUGUGAUAAUAUUGCUGUUUGUGGCGGUGGCGGGGGCAUGGAUAGGAUUUACCCAUGGCUGGCCAGGGUACAAGGAGGCUCCAAGCUAUCUACCAUUCGGUGUGUCGGGAUUGCUGGGAGGAGCAGCGAUGGCCUUUUUCUCGUACAUUGGAUUUGAUACAGUUGCAAGCACAGCAGAAGAGGUGAAGCACCCUCAGCGCGACCUGCCUUUGGGAAUAGGCAUGUCUCUGACGUGCUGUGGCGCGCUCUACAUGGUGAUAGCAGCGGUGCUGGUGGGGUUGACUCCGUUUGACCGCAUUGACCCGGACACACCCAUGGCUCAGGCGUUUGACACCUACCACCUAGACUGGGCCAAGUACCUUGUAACAGGAGGUGCGCUUGCAGCUCUUUCCACUACUCUGCUCGGAUCCCUGCUGCCUCAGCCGCGCAUUCUGAUGGUGAUGGCACGCGACGGGCUCCUCCCAGCCUGGUUCGGCCGCAUCGACAAGGCCACGGGAGUGCCUCAGAACGCGACAGCUGUCACCGGGCUAUUGGCCGCCGCCAUGGCGUUCGUGCUUGAUAUCGGGCAGCUGUCAGGCAUGGUCAGUGUCGGCACUCUCCUCGCAUUCACCACCGUCAGCCUCUCAGUCCUUAUCCUUCGCUACACGCCUCCCGCCUCUCCUCCCACCCCACUCCCCUCCUCACACACCCCUUCCCUCCACCCAUCCUCCUCCUCCUCUUCCUCCCACAACCAGCCUCACUACCCCACAUCAUCCUCCUCCCGCCCCUUACCAGCCUAUGCUUUCUCACCCCCAACUCGACCUCAGUAUAUAACAUCCUCCCUUCCAACCGCCGCAGCAGCAGGGGCGGGUUUUUUUGUCUCUUCCCCUCUCCCGGUCGGCCAAUCCAGUGUGUUCAGGCACAUGGGCUCGCCGGACAGCCUGGGCACAUCUCCAGCCGUUGAAAUCCGAUCCAACGGCCAGCUGCAGUCCGUGUUUUCUCUCACUCCCAACUCGUUUCAAGCACCGCUGCUGGCACGGUUGCUUGAAGAGAGGGCGGGAGAGGGGGAGGGGGAAGGGGAGGGAGGGGAAGAGGAGGAGAAGGAGGAAGAAAGAGGGGAGGAGGAGGAGAGUGAGGAGGAGGGAGGGGAUGAGGAAGGUGAGGAGGACGGAGGGGAGGAGCGAGAAGAGCAGCAGCACCAUACAGCAAACGUUUCCACCGAAUACAACACCACAGUAUCGAGAGGAAUGGGUGAUGAAGCUGCUGUUGAGAUCGCCUGCAACACUUCAGGCGGCAGGAAACAGGGUUCUGCUCUCCCCACUGCUGUCACACCUACUACAGUCACUGCUACAGCCACACCUGCUGUGACAGGUCCUGCUACAGCCGCUACAGCUGCUAUAGCCGUCGCUGCACCCGCAUCCCACAGGCGACUUGCCUCUCGAGCCAUCGUUGCCGUCUCACUGGGUGCCCCUCUGCUUGGCGCUGCUGCUGCUGUGGCUUCGUCUUCCGCUGACCUUUCAGACUGGUUACCUCUCCUACUAUUCUCUCUGGGCGGCCCACUGUUCCUCGGAGGGGCGGCAACGUUUGGAUGUAUCAACGAGGACGAGGGAAGGCACCAGUUCGGAUCAGCAGGAGGUUUCCACUGUCCCUGGGUGCCGUGGCUUCCCCUCGCCAGCAUCCUGGUCAACGUGUACCUCAUGGCCAACUUGGGCAUCCUUGCCAACGUGUACCUCACGGCGAAUUCAGGUGCCACCACUGCCACCACGUGGCUCUACUCCUCCUCCUGGCUCGCUAUAGGAGCGCUCGUUUACCUCGCCUACGGAAUUGGCCAUAGUGCUCUGGGGCAAGCCCACACGCCGGGCCCUCUUUCAUCUCCCCUUCCUCUCAAUCACCUUCCCCUGUCAUUCCCCAACCCCCAUCUCUUCCCACCUUCUAGUGCCACCACGUGGCUCUACUCCUCCUCAUGGCUCGCUAUAGGAGGACUCGUUUACCUCACAUAUGGCCUGCACCACAGCGCUCUGGGGCAAGCCCACGCGCCUGGCCCUCGCGUUCUGGAUGCCUCUAAGCGCACGGCCAGCUGGUGGAACCUGGGCACGCCGUUUGAGGAGUGGGUGGUGCAGCAGACGCACAGGCAGGCACGGGUGGGGCAUGGGCAAGGCAUGUAG